GCCAUGAUCGUCAAAUCGUUCCUGGUCAAGACACUGCAACAGAACCUGCGAGUCGGCAGCGGCGCCAAUCUUGCCCUCCCGGCGCUCAAGUCGGUGCAUGUGCAUUUCGGCGACGACAACUGCUUCCGCAAGUACCCGAUCAGUCUGUUCUAUGUCAACGAACUGCCCAGGAUCUAUGCCUCCAACCCUAGCAUCGUCGUCAAGACCACCGACGCCAACCCAGAUGGAUCGGAUGCCCAGAGCACGAUUUCCCUUGUGGAUGCCAACGGCACCGAGCACAAACUCGAUCUGUUUGGAUGCACCACAUCAGCAAACAUCUUUUCGAAAUUCGUAGAGGCCAUUCAAGAACCUGCAAAGUCAACGUAAAUAAAUCUGCACGCCACUCUCCCGCUCCAUCCUCUUCAGCCGCAGAUCUCGAGCCCCGCAAGACAGCUGCGACGGAAUGAUGGAUGUGAUGUGCAUGCGUUGGCAUCAACGGAAACCGAGGACACGAGGCGCAUGACUGACGAUGGGACAUGCCGUGCCAUGUCACUUCCGCGACUCUGGAGCAUGGGCAGCAUCGAUCUCGAUCUCGAUCCCGACCGUCGUCCAUGAACCGAUGCAACGCCACAUUCAGAGGCCGUGGCAGUCGUAUU